GACCCUGGCACGCUUUGAUGUUGCUCUCUACCGGCAGGUGGCGUUUAAGAACGUGCAGGUUGGCGUAAUGAAGAACGACGUGAUCCGCCUAUCAGUACAUCUAUCUGCUCCUGUACACGGGCAGUGUUGUAUUAUCUCUACGGUCAGAGGGGGAUGUUAAUUUCAUUUCACGUGUGCGCGAGAGAUUGGCGAGGAUUCGCAUAAAAAUACUCACCGUUUCCUCUUGAUGGAAGCAAAGCUGCAAGUAUACAUUGCUGAGAAUAAAAUCUCUCUUCGUUGAGAAGACACGGGCGGCAUUUAUAUAAAGAGAUUCAUAAUGACGGAUCGGCGGUCUCAAUAUGAGGGUGUUGAUGAUACAGAUGUGAUUAAUUUUACUAUACCUUUAGAGGAAACAGGGGAGACGGUCCCCCUUAGUCCCCCUAAAUCACCGGCCACCCGGCGCGCACCCCCACCGCCGAUAAUGCCGGUAUCAGAGCCGCCAAAGACCACAGUAAGGCCUGGAUCCGUGCCUGUUAAGCCAAUGGCACAGACCGCCCCUCAAAGUGCCAAAAUCAACAUCGAGGACAGAGACCCUACACGCAUGAAUGAUAUUGUUAAGGUAGAUUUUGACGACAUCUUCGCAGAACCAGUGGGAACCUACAGUUUUGACGCUAUCUGGCGGCUGAGCUACCGAGUUUUUACGACAACCAAAUUUUGGUGCUACCGUAUACUGUCUGUCAUUUGCGCACUCCCCCUGUCCGUCUGCUGGGGCAUUUCCUUCGCCUGCCUAACGUUUGAACAUAUCUGGUGUUCUGUUCCCAGUAUGAAGGUGUUCAAAAUAACGAUUCAGCCGUUCGCGUUCAUGUGGAGUACACUUCUACAUCUACUUUUUGAGCCUUUCUGUACGUCUCUGAGUCUGAUAUUCAGUAACAUUCGAAUACUACUCAAGAAGGACACCUAGGCCCCAGUAACAAUAUAAACACGAUCUGAGUAAAUAUAUUUUGUAGACUGAUAUUUAAAAGAUUGUUUCAGGGAUACAUGUAUAUAUUUGUUGUCGAGUUCGCUGCUUGUGUGUCAUAUAUAGAAUGUAUCGGUUGUCUUUCUUGAACUGGCGAAAUCUCUACAAGUGGAGAAAUAUGAAAGUCAUUCCUCGCUACUGAAACUAUGUUUUGUCUUUUGAGUGAGGUCUCUAAUACAUUUGACGCAAGUUCAAUUUCUACAUGUAAGCUACUCAGCUGACGUGUAGGAAUCUACAAAGAAAGUGGACUGUGUCGAGUACAAAAUAUAACCUUUCCGACACAUGUCGCUAGACGAGUAUAAAAGUCAUUUUCUGACAUCGAACAGUUUUCCGACACUUGCCGCUGGACGAACGAGGGGUGAGGGUUGGUUAAGUAUAUCUGGUGUUUCGUUAUGAUUUCUCCAACCCCAGUUUUUGUGGUUGAACACAAAGUUCAAGGACCAUAGAAACGAUUUCUCUAUAAUAGAAAGGAACAAGGAAUGCCAACUUUCACCAAAGUUACAUAAUAACGAAAUCAUAUGUAGGCAAAUCCACGAAACCAUCAUAUAAUAAUAUUAUGUUAGAUGUGGGGCACGAAAUCGUGUUGGUUACGGUACUACAUGUAUACAAAUAAAUAUAAAGACAUUGUUUUCAUAUACUUUUCAAAGUAAACAUAGGUUUUAUCAUGACGUUUAACAGCGCAUUGAAAACUUGGGAUAUAUACCUUUAAGAGUUCUAUGAAGUGCCGACAUUGAGAACCGGAUGAAUCGUUCUUUGUGCAUGCUUAUGGUACAGAGUUUCGUAUUUGUAUACAGUUUCGUAUUUGUAGUGGUUUCAAAAAAUAAAAAAAGUGUGUAAA